GCCAAGUUGCUGUACUAGUAGCUUUUAGCAGCCAAGCAGAUGUUUCAUUGUACUGAAGUUAGGAUUAGAGCCAGUAAGAAAAGUUGCUGUACUGAAUUGGCAAUCUAUUAACUGCCUUGCAGCAAAUGUCUUAUUUCCUAAAGACAGGGUUUAGCUCUCAGUUUCUACAUCAUAAUACUAAAGUGUUUAGUUGGAGCAUAGCUUUAAUCGUGAUGAUUGUUGUUAAGUUAGAAAUUUUGUCAUGUAUUUGUAUUUGUAUCCCUCUAGUGUGAAAAGACGUUGAACUUAAUGGAGCAGCUGGAAAAUCUUCAGGUACCUUCUCACAUAAGACGUCUACAGGGAGACAUUUAUACAAUGACGACGUGGUCAAGCAGCAUAGCUAAAAAGAAUGAAGAACUGCAGAAGAAUUUGACAGCCCUUCUUCAUGCAGUUGCAAGUGUUGAAGAGAAUGCAACUUCCGUAGCCAAAAAUGUAACUUUGAAGAUUGUGACAGUGAAAACUGACAUAAGACGCAUUUCAGGCCUUGUCUCAGAGGUGGCCACGCUGACGGAGUCUUUGCAAGCAUUAGAAGAUAAAGUAGAAAAAGGUGAAAAGAAGACCAUAGAAAACAUAGGUGACCUGAUUACCAGCAGCAUUGACCGAAGUACGGAACUACAAAGCUUGGCAUCCAGUAAUGAAAGAAAAAUUGAACAGAUUAAGACAGCUUUGUCUGAGUUGAGGAGUGACUUCAACAAACAUUCAGAUAGACUUCUGAAUCUGGAAGGAGACAGAGCGAAAGUUCUGAAGACGGUUACUUUUGCGAACGAUUUAAAACCCAAGAUGUACAGUCUUAAAAAGGAUUUUGCCACCUUGGAGCCAUUAAUAAGUGACCUAACGCUGAGAAUAGGAAGAUUAGUUGAGGAUGUGUUACGACGGGAGAAAGAAAUUGCUUUACUGAAUGAGAAGCUGACCAAUCUAACAAGAGUUCAGACUGAGAUCAAAGGUGUGACGGAUGAGAUAGCCAAGAUCUCAGACAUGAACUGAUGACUAGAAAAGACAUUGCCUUCAGAAUAGCAGUGUUUGAGGAGUGUUACUCCAUCAUGAGUAGUGCUAAGAAAGACAGCAUUUAAAGGCUUCGUUUAGAAGCACACUGGAACUUGUCUUCUUUCUUUUAAGAGAGCAGAAAGAAAAAAUCAUACUGAUUUUGAGGGGAAACAAGCUAUGAUAUGAGCAAAAAACCUUGUUUUUCUGUCCAUAUUUGUGUCUUCCAAAGUGCGACAGGUGCUAUAGUUAAUAAAUUGUAUGUUUUGUACAAUAAAACAGUACUGAAGCAUAAAAUAUC